CGUUCCUAACCUACUGCGUCGACUUGACAACGGUGCCUUGCGCCCGGUCACGGUGACUUAGCGGUAGCGGGGCGAGCUCGUGCUGAUAUCUCAAUCGGGCCGAAUCCGAAUCAGUCUGGCGCGGCGUGUAAAUGGGUAGUGUGCCCGCGGCCCUGCUGGCUCUCCUGAUCGCGUGCGCCCCGUCGGCGGCCUCCGCCCUCACCGUCGAGCCCUUCGAGACGGCCGUCGAGCCGGUGGACAGCGCCGAGAAGAAUCGCGCCGAGGAGCUCUCCACCGCCGAGCCCAUCGACCUCGGGGGCAACACCGAGGACCUCGGCCCCCAGACCUUCGCCCCGCCGCACGACGACGAUCUCGAGUACACCGACGACGAGGAGGAACCCGGAACCGGAAACGGCGACGCGAGUGACACCGGAAACGGCUUCGGCGAGACCGGAAAUGGCGAAGAGGGUGACACCGGAAACGGGUUCGGCGACGCGGGUGGAAUCGUGAGUGGCGACGGGAACAACGGUGGUGAGGAUCAUGGAGAUGCGGGUGAAACCGGAAAUGGAUACGCAGACGGAAACGGCGACGCGGGUGAAACCGGAAAUGGAUACGGAGACGGAAACGGCGACGCGGGUGAAACCGGAAAUGGAUACGCAGAUGGAAACGGCGACGCGGGUGAAACCGGAUACGGUGAGGAGCCAGGCCCCCCGGGGGAUGAGGUACCCGGGGAUGGGGUGCCUGGAGACGAGAAUGCGGACGGCGGGAGCAGUGCUCAGUGGGGAGGGGAGGUGGACGACGCCGCGUACGACGGGAGUAACGAUUUGAAGAGGGCGGCGUCGGAUGAAGUGAGUGCCGGCGGCGGAAACAAAAGUGCGAACGGAACCAAAGAGGCGAAAGUGUCAAGUGCGCGAACUGGGAACGUGACUUCUGCGCGUCUGAUCGGUGUUCCGAGUCCGAGGAACGAGACGCAGAGACGGUCGAAAACCGCGCAAAUAGCAGUGAAUGUGCGGAAUAGUGCGCCGAGGUCGAACGGAACCCAGAGUCGCGGCACGAUCGGGUACGGUGAAAAAGUGCGGAAUGAGACCAACGGUGCGCUCGCUGGCAAUAGGACGAGGGGAAAAACCAGGGUGAGCAGAGGUGGGCCCAACUUUUGGAACGGGUACAAGCCUUACGUUAAUGUCAAUCGAACCAGGAUGCAUAUGAACUCCAAUGGGAAUGGGUCUGAUACAAAUGACCACGGUGGGAACGCGGGUGAAAAUUCCGAGGUCACAGCUCGUGUGGUUGAAAUCCCCCAGAACGACACCCGAGGUUUGCCCGAGCUUAAAAAAUUAAAGUGCUGGGAAACAACCCUCGGUAACUGCAGUGAAGCUCAACCGUCAGAAACUCCAACCAGGAACAACACGUAUUUCAGCACUGAUCGGUAUCAUUUUCUAAGAAAUGAUUCCAGGCCGAAUUCUGGCGGUUUGGUGCAGGCGGAAAGCAACAAAAGAAGCUACAACUACGACGAAACUCAAGUGCCACCCCCGGCAGGAGGGGUGCGGGAAAUCAUCACCUACGACUACGGCGACAUCACAGAGAUCAUCAUCCCGGAAAAUUCGCCGGCUCCAAUCCCCUCCCCCGCCUCCGCAGCCCUUAGAUACGGACUCCACCCUGAGCCCAGCCCCUACCCUCACAAUAACCAACCCUACCCUGACCACAGCAUCAACGGGUACCCGAGGUACACGCCAGAACAGUACCCGAGAACUACAGUGGUCCCCCACAAUUCACUCCCCACUUACUCCAACUUCCACCCUCCCACAACACCCCCCUACCCACCACGCACAAAUUUCCACAAUUACGACAGGAGUCAAAAUUUCAACCCCUCUCCGAGCCCGCCCCCCGAUUCGAAUUUUAACUACGCGCCCCACUACAACCAGAAUUCCAGCUACGGUCGGAAUCCUUACCCGUCGAUGCAGCGAGCAAAUCCUCCGCCUCAAAAUCCAGUCUCCGGUCAUGAUUUUAAGAGCCCGGUGAACUCGCAGUAUAACUCGAAACCUAACGAUUACGCCCCACAAUAUGGCGGAUCAUCCAGCCCUAACUACGACGGCCCGACGACCCCGUAUCAUAGCUCGGGGCCGGUUUACGAGUUUUACGGAACGCCCAAGUCUAAAACGUGGGUUAGCUACGAGUCGAUUCCUAUCAAAAAUCCCUCAACGGACGCCGGACCACCUGUCGUCGAGAUCAUCUACCAUCGCGAGAACGGGGUCGUCUACGAGGACGAUGUUUUCGACGAUCUCACGACCUCGAGCCCGGACAGCGCUCCACCUUUGACAUCGACUGCGGGGUACUUCCCGACUUCCAGUGAUUUCCCGUCUUACGGAAACGGGCGACCUCCGCAGAGACAUGGACACCCUCCGAACAAAUUCUCUGGCGAGGCGAAAAGUAAGAAAAGGCCAGUGAAUGGAAAUCACCGCCAACAGCCGGUGACUCCUGACGCGCCUCAAAGGAACCCUCGGCCGAGGAAUAAAAAAGUGAACGCGAAUGCACCCCAAAGGAAACCCGCGUCAACCCGCGCGCCCGCUAAAAAUCCUAGUUUCGACGAAGAUUUUCCUGACGACUUCCCGGAGGAGCCCAAGGUGAGGGAUCAACCGAAGAAAAAGACGAGACCCCCUCAAAGGAACCAAGAGUCCCGGAAACAGGCGAAACCAACGCCUAAUCCUGGGCUUGAAAAUUCAAAACAUAAAGGGUUUCCUGACGACCGAGAGACUGGCCUCCCCUCGAAAUCCAAAACAAAAGACGUCCAAAACGAGGACAAAGAUAUUUUCGAUGAUUUCUCGGACAAAGACUUGAAAGAGUUCGAGGAGGCAAAGAAAUUGAUCGAUCCCGCUCCGAAGAAAGAAAAACAGGCGCACGGUUCCAAAAAUCCUGGCUUCGAUUCUGAUGAUGAGAGUUUUCCGGAACAUCCAAAGUCCGAUUUCGGGAGGUUCCCGAAAAUACCGAAGCCCCCGGAUUUCAGCGACGGGAACGACGACUUCCCUUCCCGGUCGAAGAUCCCGGAUUUUGACUCCGAUGAGGAUUUCUCGGACAAAGAUCUCAAAGAAAUCGAGGAGGCGGAGAAAUUGAUCGACGCUACCCCGAAUAAAGAAAAACCGGUGAAUUUUGAGCACGAGCGUGGACGACAAAAAUCGAAAUCUGGACAUUCGAAAAAUUCAGAGCCGAGCCUGCGUCAAAGGAAAGAAAAGGCUGAGAAGAGUAACGAAGGCGAAAAAUACGACUCCGGGCACAAGAAAUCGGAAGGAAAGAAGGCGGAGAAGGGUGUGAAAUCCGACGACAAAUUUGCCGAAGCGGAGAAAUUGCAUAAGAGCGAGGCGGGUGAGACAGAGGCUGCCGUGAAAAAAGGAGGGAAGAAGAAGGACAUCAAGGAUGAAGGCGGCUACUACGCGGAGAAGCACAAAGGGGAAAAGGGUGAGAAGGUCGGAGACUUCAGCGACGAGGAAAAACACGCGAAAGGACACUCGACGAAGGGCAAACACGAGGUGCACAAGAAGGACGAGUUCUCGAGGAAACACUCGUUCUUCGACGAACACCACGAGGGCGGGAAACACGAGAAGGAAGGCGGCUACGAGGCGGCCGAGGAGCUUGAAAAAGGGGGCGCGUUCCGCGAGGGCCAUAAAUCAGGGGGCUAUAAAGAGGGGCACGGAGGGAAAAAGGGGAGAUUCAAGGAAGGGAAGAGGUAUGAAGAGGAGAAGGGCGAGGAUGAGGCGGAGGGGAAUGACGAAAAGUCCGAGCACGAGGAGGAGUUUGAUAAAGAGGAGGGCAAGGAACAGGAGGAAAAGAAGGCAUUCGAACUUUGAAUCAGUUGAAGGAGAGAGUAAUUUUGUUCUCGAAAUAAGAUGAUUUAAAUUUUGGGUUUGCGGAGUGGAAGUAGCAGAUCUUGCCGUGGAUCAUAUAGUGCCAAAAUUUUUCAGCGAUGAAAUGGACAUGUGGUUGUUGAAAUCAACACUUGGGAAGAGUUAAGCAAACCAGUAGCAUCUACAUUGAGGUGUUUCAAAAUUUCAACUCGUUUUUAAAUUUUUUGGGAUAACCAACCAACAUUUUCGCUUAAAUUUUGUGAAAAUAAUGUUCAUUUGGGCAAGAAAAAUUGAAAAGAUUUUCGAGUUGAGAUUUUGGUUGGUUUCCUUUCCAAAGAAUUAAAAUAAGAGGUGAGAUCCUAAAAUACCACGAUGCAGAUGUAACUGCGUUUUAUUGGACUCUAUCCAAUUAGGAUAAGUUAUGGGAAAUAAUAAACGCAAUAAUUCAGCCAGUGAUCAGUGGCGAGGUGUGAGGAUAGAUUAUCGAUUCCCCAUUUGAAGCUGUGGUAAAGAAUCGAGUAUUAAGGUCUUCUUUGCAAAAACCCUGUUUAUCGAUCCUUUUCCAAAGGGUUAAUGGCACAUCAAUCGAUACAUCGCAAAGCACGCCACGCCACCGACUGUGACCGUCCACGGGAGAAGGGACCUAGAAAAAACGAAGCAGUACAUUUAAUUUUUGAUGAGAGUUGCUCUCUAAAAAAUAAUUUUUGAUCGGCUUAGUUCUGUAGUUCCAAAAGACAGCGUAAAAUUGCACCAGGGCUGCUUACAAUUUAUUUUGAGAACGUAAAUACGCUCCUUUACAAUUAUGUUUUUGAACUGCAAAAUUCAAACUAUACCAUAACGCCGAUUUUCCCAACGUUUUCGGCGAUUUUUGUGCCAAAUUGAUUGGAAGCAAAAGCUUAAUGCCUUAAUUUUUUUGUCAAGUACCAAUUGACUUACGAAUUAUGUUUAGUGCCAAGGUCAUUCUUCCCGUGGAGGGUUACAAUCGUAAAGUUCAUUAUGUACACACUGCAUUCAUAUUGAGCCAUACAGAGAUGUGAAAUUGACCUCAGUUUUGCUGUCUUGUCAUAUUUUUGCAUUGAUAGCAUCCUAAUAAUUUCUCUGAAGGACUGAUAAAUCGAGAUUGUUGCAAUAUAAUACGUACAUUGAUGACGGAGGAUGAGUGGCGCUCGGCGCCUUCAGCUGGUGCCGUAGUAGAUACGUUUUCUCGGGAUGCGACUAUUUUAGCUCUGGGGUUGACCGCGUUGCGUGCAAAGAAAUGAAGGCGUUUUGAUUUUUUGUACGCUCUUGCUCAAAUUGACUCAAAUUGCGUCAAAAAGAAUACUUUGUUCGUAGGAAACAAGACUCUACAGGGUGAGCGAAAAGUCCCCGA